CUGUAGGAAGCAGUGAAACAGGGCUGAUAACUUCAGCUAAGUUUCUGAAACUCAUUUGUAUUAGCUGUUUGUCUUUGUGCUGUGAUAGAAGAGGGAUUAACCGCGGAUGCAUUCCUUCAGCCAGUGUGACCGAGUUAUUGGAAGAAUGUAGGGUGACUCUUCCUCGUUUCUGCUUGACCGGGCAGCCCCCUCUUCUAAGUCCACAGAUCAGACUGCCGAAGCUGUGACACAUCGGCGGUGAUAUGUACCGAACUACGAGGAAGAAUACUAGCGGGCAACGAUUUUAAAGAGGCAGAAUCAGAGUGGGGUGAAAUGAUGAUAAGAGGAGUGGCAAGUUUUAUUAAAAACUUCCCUGAUCGACGCGCCGAGCUGCCGCUCCUCCCCGUGAACAGCGAGGAGGACAAAAGUUUUUGCUCUCAUUUUCAACUCCCCUGAUGUAGCUGCAGUCUGACUCUGACGGAGUACUUUAGGAGAAGGCUUACAUUUUUUACUUUUGAGAAAGUUUGAACUUUGAGCAUGAGAGCACUCAACUGGUAGAACAGUCAGUUGAAUCUUUCCCCCUUUCGUGCGGCAUCAUGACGCUGCUGGUGCGCCUCAGCGUCUCCCUGCUGCUCCUCUGUGCUCUCCUCAAGAUCUCUGAAGCAAACUGUGAGGAGAACCAAUGUGCUGCAGAAUUAUUAACAGUAGACACAACAUCAGUCACGUUUGAAUCAAAUCCAAGCUGUAACUUAUCCAUUGGGAAUCAUACCUUCGAAAUGGGUUCAAUACCUAACUUGAUUUCUGGAGCAGUCCAUACAAUCUACAUCAACUGUUUGAAUUGCUGCACAACUGUCACAACAAAACCUACAGCUGUCGCUAAUCUUAAUGUCAAUGGUGCCACAACAUCCUCCAUGUUUCUGACCUGGAAUAAACCAGAAGGAAAGAGCUCCAGAUACAAAGUAGACUGGACUGAUGACGGAACAACUAUUAAUACUACAAAUACACCAGAAACUUCUAAAAGCAUCACUGACCUGACUGCUGGGGUUCAGUACAAUGUGUCUGUCACUGCAGUAGCAGAGGAUAACAUUACUGAAGGAGAGAAAGCCACUGUUUCCAGUUACACCAAGCCUGAAGUAGUCAGAAAUCUUACUGUCAUUAAUGCCACAACAUCCUCAAUGUUUGUGGACUGGACUAAACCCGAAGGAGAGAGCUCACUCUAUAGAGUGCAGUGGAAAACUAACAAUGGAGAAAUGAAGGAGGAUAAUGUGACAGAGACAAAUAUUAACAUCACUGACCUGACUGCUGGUGUUCAGUAUGAAAUAACUGUUACUGCAGUGGUACCUGGUACUGAUGGAAAGAGUAUCACUGUUUCUCAUUUCACAAAGCCUGAAGUAGUCAGAAAUCUUACUGUCAUUAAUGCCACAACAUCCUCAAUGUUUGUGGACUGGACUAAACCAGAAGGAGGGAGCUCACUCUAUAGAGUGCAGUGGAAAACUAACAAUGGAGAAAUGAAGGAGGAUAAUGUGACAGAGACAAAUAUUAACAUCACUGACCUGACUGCUGGUGUUCAGUAUGAAAUAACUGUUACUGCAGUUGCAGAAGAUGGCAUUACUGAUGGAAAGAGUACCACUGUUUCUCAGUACACAAAGCCUGAAGUAGUCAGACAUCUUGCUGUCAUUAAUGCCACAACAUCCUCAAUGUUUGUGGACUGGACUAAACCAGAAGGAGGGAGCUCACUCUAUAGAGUGCAGUGGAAAACUAACAAUGGAGAAAUGAAGGAGGAUAAUGUGACAGAGACAAAUAUUAACAUCACUGACCUGACUGCUGGUGUUCAGUAUGAAAUAACUGUUACUGCAGUGGUACCUGGUACUGAUGGAAAGAGUAUCACUGUUUCUCAUUUCACAAAGCCUGAAGUAGUCAGAAAUCUUACUGUCAUUAAUGCCACAACAUCCUCAAUGUUUGUGGACUGGACUAAACCAGAAGGAGGGAGCUCACUCUAUAGAGUGCAGUGGAAAACUAACAAUGGAGAAAUGAAGGAGGAUAAUGUGACAGAGACAAAUAUUAACAUCACUGACCUGACUGCUGGUGUUCAGUAUGAAAUAACUGUUACUGCAGUUGCAGAAGAUGGCAUUACUGAUGGAAAGAGUACCACUGUUUCUCAGUACACAAAGCCUGAAGUAGUCAGACAUCUUGCUGUCAUUAAUGCCACAACAUCCUCAAUGUUUGUGGACUGGACUAAACCAGAAGGAGGGAGCUCACUCUAUAGAGUGCAGUGGAAAACUAACAAUGGAGAAAUGAAGGAGGAUAAUGUGACAGAGACAAAUAUUAACAUCACUGACCUGACUGCUGGUGUUCAGUAUGAAAUAACUGUUACUGCAGUGGUACCUGGUACUGAUGGAAAGAGUAUCACUGUUUCUCAUUUCACAAAGCCUGAAGUAGUCAGAAAUCUUACUGUCAUUAAUGCCACAACAUCCUCAAUGUUUGUGGACUGGACUAAACCAGAAGGAGGGAGCUCACUCUAUAGAGUGCAGUGGAAAACUAACAAUGGAGAAAUGAAGGAGGAUAAUGUGACAGAGACAAAUAUUAACAUCACUGACCUGACUGCUGGUGUUCAGUAUGAAAUAACUGUUACUGCAGUUGCAGAAGAUGGCAUUACUGAUGGAAAGAGUACCACUGUUUCUCAGUACACAAAGCCUGAAGUAGUCAGACAUCUUGCUGUCAUUAAUGCCACAACAUCCUCAAUGUUUGUGGACUGGACUAAACCAGAAGGAGGGAGCUCACUCUAUAGAGUGCAGUGGAAAACUAACAAUGGAGAAAUGAAGGAGGAUAAUGUGACAGAGACAAAUAUUAACAUCACUGACCUGACUGCUGGUGUUCAGUAUGAAAUAACUGUUACUGCAGUGGUACCUGGUACUGAUGGAAAGAGUAUCACUGUUUCUCAUUUCACAAAGCCUGAAGUAGUCAGAAAUCUUACUGUCAUUAAUGCCACAACAUCCUCAAUGUUUGUGGACUGGACUAAACCAGAAGGAGGGAGCUCACUCUAUAGAGUGCAGUGGAAAACUAACAAUGGAGAAAUGAAGGAGGAUAAUGUGACAGAGACAAAUAUUAACAUCACUGACCUGACUGCUGGUGUUCAGUAUGAAAUAACUGUUACUGCAGUUGCAGAAGAUGGCAUUACUGAUGGAAAGAGUACCACUGUUUCUCAGUACACAAAGCCUGAAGUAGUCAGAAAUCUUGCUGUCAUCAAUGCCACAACAUCCUCAAUGUUUGUGGACUGGACUAAACCAGAAGGAGGGAGCUCACUCUAUAGAGUGCAGUGGAAAACUAACAAUGGAGAAAUGAAGGAGGAUAAUGUGACAGAGACAAAUAUUAACAUCACUGACCUGACUGCUGGUGUUCAGUAUGAAAUAACUGUUACUGCAGUGGUACCUGGUACUGAUGGAAAGAGUAUCACUGUUUCUCAUUUCACAAAGCCUGAAGUAGUCAGAAAUCUUACUGUCAUUAAUGCCACAACAUCCUCAAUGUUUGUGGACUGGACUAAACCAGAAGGAGGGAGCUCACUCUAUAGAGUGCAGUGGAAAACUAACAAUGGAGAAAUGAAGGAGGAUAAUGUGACAGAGACAAAUAUUAACAUCACUGACCUGACUGCUGGUGUUCAGUAUGAAAUAACUGUUACUGCAGUUGCAGAAGAUGGCAUUACUGAUGGAAAGAGUACCACUGUUUCUCAGUACACAAAGCCUGAAGUAGUCAGACAUCUUGCUGUCAUUAAUGCCACAACAUCCUCAAUGUUUGUGGACUGGACUAAACCAGAAGGAGGGAGCUCACUCUAUAGAGUGCAGUGGAAAACUAACAAUGGAGAAAUGAAGGAGGAUAAUGUGACAGAGACAAAUAUUAACAUCACUGACCUGACUGCUGGUGUUCAGUAUGAAAUAACUGUUACUGCAGUUGCAGAAGAUGGCAUUACUGAUGGAAAGAGUACCAUUGUUUCUCAGUACACAAAGCCUGAAGUAGUCAGACAUCUUGCUGUCAUUAAUGCCACAACAUCCUCAAUGUUUGUGGACUGGACUAAACCAGAAGGAGGGAGCUCACUCUAUAGAGUGCAGUGGAAAACUAACAAUGGAGAAAUGAAGGAGGAUAAUGUGACAGAGACAAAUAUUAACAUCACUGACCUGACUGCUGGUGUUCAGUAUGAAAUAACUGUUACUGCAGUGGUACCUGGUACUGAUGGAAAGAGUAUCACUGUUUCUCAUUUCACAAAGCCUGAAGUAGUCAGAAAUCUUACUGUCAUUAAUGCCACAACAUCCUCAAUGUUUGUGGACUGGACUAAACCAGAAGGAGGGAGCUCACUCUAUAGAGUGCAGUGGAAAACUAACAAUGGAGAAAUGAAGGAGGAUAAUGUGACAGAGACAAAUAUUAACAUCACUGACCUGACUGCUGGUGUUCAGUAUGAAAUAACUGUUACUGCAGUUGCAGAAGAUGGCAUUACUGAUGGAAAGAGUACCACUGUUUCUCAGUACACAAAGCCUGAAGUAGUCAGAAAUCUUGCUGUCAUCAAUGCCACAACAUCCUCAAUGUUUGUGGACUGGACUAAACCAGAAGGAGGGAGCUCACUCUAUAGAGUGCAGUGGAAAACUAACAAUGGAGAAAUGAAGGAGGAUAAUGUGACAGAGACAAAUAUUAACAUCACUGACCUGACUGCUGGUGUUCAGUAUGAAAUAACUGUUACUGCAGUGGUACCUGGUACUGAUGGAAAGAGUAUCACUGUUUCUCAUUUCACAAAGCCUGAAGUAGUCAGAAAUCUUACUGUCAUUAAUGCCACAACAUCCUCAAUGUUUGUGGACUGGACUAAACCAGAAGGAGGGAGCUCACUCUAUAGAGUGCAGUGGAAAACUAACAAUGGAGAAAUGAAGGAGGAUAAUGUGACAGAGACAAAUAUUAACAUCACUGACCUGACUGCUGGUGUUCAGUAUGAAAUAACUGUUACUGCAGUUGCAGAAGAUGGCAUUACUGAUGGAAAGAGUACCACUGUUUCUCAGUACACAAAGCCUGAAGUAGUCAGACAUCUUGCUGUCAUUAAUGCCACAACAUCCUCAAUGUUUGUGGACUGGACUAAACCAGAAGGAGGGAGCUCACUCUAUAGAGUGCAGUGGAAAACUAACAAUGGAGAAAUGAAGGAGGAUAAUGUGACAGAGACAAAUAUUAACAUCACUGACCUGACUGCUGGUGUUCAGUAUGAAAUAACUGUUACUGCAGUUGCAGAAGAUGGCAUUACUGAUGGAAAGAGUACCAUUGUUUCUCAGUACACAAAGCCUGAAGUAGUCAGACAUCUUGCUGUCAUUAAUGCCACAACAUCCUCAAUGUUUGUGGACUGGACUAAACCAGAAGGAGGGAGCUCACUCUAUAGAGUGCAGUGGAAAACUAACAAUGGAGAAAUGAAGGAGGAUAAUGUGACAGAGACAAAUAUUAACAUCACUGACCUGACUGCUGGUGUUCAGUAUGAAAUAACUGUUACUGCAGUGGUACCUGGUACUGAUGGAAAGAGUAUCACUGUUUCUCAUUUCACAAAGCCUGAAGUAGUCAGAAAUCUUACUGUCAUUAAUGCCACAACAUCCUCAAUGUUUGUGGACUGGACUAAACCAGAAGGAGGGAGCUCACUCUAUAGAGUGCAGUGGAAAACUAACAAUGGAGAAAUGAAGGAGGAUAAUGUGACAGAGACAAAUAUUAACAUCACUGACCUGACUGCUGGUGUUCAGUAUGAAAUAACUGUUACUGCAGUUGCAGAAGAUGGCAUUACUGAUGGAAAGAGUACCACUGUUUCUCAGUACACAAAGCCUGAAGUAGUCAGAAAUCUUGCUGUCAUCAAUGCCACAACAUCCUCAAUGUUUGUGGACUGGACUAAACCAGAAGGAGGGAGCUCACUCUAUAGAGUGCAGUGGAAAACUAACAAUGGAGAAAUGAAGGAGGAUAAUGUGACAGAGACAAAUAUUAACAUCACUGACCUGACUGCUGGUGUUCAGUAUGAAAUAACUGUUACUGCAGUGGUACCUGGUACUGAUGGAAAGAGUAUCACUGUUUCUCAUUUCACAAAGCCUGAAGUAGUCAGAAAUCUUACUGUCAUUAAUGCCACAACAUCCUCAAUGUUUGUGGACUGGACUAAACCAGAAGGAGGGAGCUCACUCUAUAGAGUGCAGUGGAAAACUAACAAUGGAGAAAUGAAGGAGGAUAAUGUGACAGAGACAAAUAUUAACAUCACUGACCUGACUGCUGGUGUUCAGUAUGAAAUAACUGUUACUGCAGUUGCAGAAGAUGGCAUUACUGAUGGAAAGAGUACCACUGUUUCUCAGUACACAAAGCCUGAAGUAGUCAGACAUCUUGCUGUCAUUAAUGCCACAACAUCCUCAAUGUUUGUGGACUGGACUAAACCAGAAGGAGGGAGCUCACUCUAUAGAGUGCAGUGGAAAACUAACAAUGGAGAAAUGAAGGAGGAUAAUGUGACAGAGACAAAUAUUAACAUCACUGACCUGACUGCUGGUGUUCAGUAUGAAAUAACUGUUACUGCAGUUGCAGAAGAUGGCAUUACUGAUGGAAAGAGUACCAUUGUUUCUCAGUACACAAAGCCUGAAGUAGUCAGACAUCUUGCUGUCAUUAAUGCCACAACAUCCUCAAUGUUUGUGGACUGGACUAAACCAGAAGGAGGGAGCUCACUCUAUAGAGUGCAGUGGAAAACUAACAAUGGAGAAAUGAAGGAGGAUAAUGUGACAGAGACAAAUAUUAACAUCACUGACCUGACUGCUGGUGUUCAGUAUGAAAUAACUGUUACUGCAGUGGUACCUGGUACUGAUGGAAAGAGUAUCACUGUUUCUCAUUUCACAAAGCCUGAAGUAGUCAGAAAUCUUACUGUCAUUAAUGCCACAACAUCCUCAAUGUUUGUGGACUGGACUAAACCAGAAGGAGGGAGCUCACUCUAUAGAGUGCAGUGGAAAACUAACAAUGGAGAAAUGAAGGAGGAUAAUGUGACAGAGACAAAUAUUAACAUCACUGACCUGACUGCUGGUGUUCAGUAUGAAAUAACUGUUACUGCAGUUGCAGAAGAUGGCAUUACUGAUGGAAAGAGUACCACUGUUUCUCAGUACACAAAGCCUGAAGUAGUCAGAAAUCUUGCUGUCAUCAAUGCCACAACAUCCUCAAUGUUUGUGGACUGGACUAAACCAGAAGGAGGGAGCUCACUCUAUAGAGUGCAGUGGAAAACUAACAAUGGAGAAAUGAAGGAGGAUAAUGUGACAGAGACAAAUAUUAACAUCACUGACCUGACUGCUGGUGUUCAGUAUGAAAUAACUGUUACUGCAGUGGUACCUGGUACUGAUGGAAAGAGUAUCACUGUUUCUCAUUUCACAAAGCCUGAAGUAGUCAGAAAUCUUACUGUCAUUAAUGCCACAACAUCCUCAAUGUUUGUGGACUGGACUAAACCAGAAGGAGGGAGCUCACUCUAUAGAGUGCAGUGGAAAACUAACAAUGGAGAAAUGAAGGAGGAUAAUGUGACAGAGACAAAUAUUAACAUCACUGACCUGACUGCUGGUGUUCAGUAUGAAAUAACUGUUACUGCAGUUGCAGAAGAUGGCAUUACUGAUGGAAAGAGUACCACUGUUUCUCAGUACACAAAGCCUGAAGUAGUCAGACAUCUUGCUGUCAUUAAUGCCACAACAUCCUCAAUGUUUGUGGACUGGACUAAACCAGAAGGAGGGAGCUCACUCUAUAGAGUGCAGUGGAAAACUAACAAUGGAGAAAUGAAGGAGGAUAAUGUGACAGAGACAAAUAUUAACAUCACUGACCUGACUGCUGGUGUUCAGUAUGAAAUAACUGUUACUGCAGUUGCAGAAGAUGGCAUUACUGAUGGAAAGAGUACCAUUGUUUCUCAGUACACAAAGCCUGAAGUAGUCAGACAUCUUGCUGUCAUUAAUGCCACAACAUCCUCAAUGUUUGUGGACUGGACUAAACCAGAAGGAGGGAGCUCACUCUAUAGAGUGCAGUGGAAAACUAACAAUGGAGAAAUGAAGGAGGAUAAUGUGACAGAGACAAAUAUUAACAUCACUGACCUGACUGCUGGUGUUCAGUAUGAAAUAACUGUUACUGCAGUUGCAGAAGAUGGCAUUACUGAUGGAAAGAGUACCACUGUUUCUCAGUACACAAAGCCUGAAGUGGUCAGAAACCUCACUGUGAUCCACAUCACAACCUCCUCAAUAUUUCUUGAAUGGACUGAACCUGAGAGAAAGAGCUCCUUCUUUAAAGUACAGUGGACUAAUGGAACAACUAAGAGGAGUAUCAUUGUCACUGAAACAAAAAUCAACGUCACUCAGCUGACGGCUGGAGUGCAGUACCAUUUCGCUGUAAUAGCAGUGGCUGGAGAUAAUACAACAGAGAGUGAAAUGGCUGAGAUUUCUCACUACACCAAACCUGAAGUAGUCAGAAAUCUCACUGUCAUUGAUGUUACCACAUCCUCAAUGUCUCUAACAUGGACUGAACCAGAAGGGGAGAGCUCCAUUUACAGAGUACAUUGGAACAAUGGAGGAAUAAAUGAGACUGUUAAUGUGACAGAAACACAUAUUAACAUUACUAAUCUAACUGCUGGUGUUCAGUAUGAAAUAACUGUUACUGCAGUGGCAGACGAUGGCAUUACUGAAGGACAGAGUACUACUGUUUCCCAAUACACAAAACCCCGUAAAGUUGAGCAUUGUAAUGUAUCUACAAACAGCUCCUCCAUUUCUCUGAGCUGGACCAAACCUCCUGAUGUGGUGUUCAAGUACAGGAUAGACUGGCACAAUGGUGGAACAGUGAAGUCCAUAGACCCAUUUUUUACCUCUGCUGUGCUAUCAGACCUGAUCCCUGGUACUACCUACACCAUCCAAAUCUACACUUUGAAUGCAGCUAAUGAAAUAGGAGACCCCUACACAUUCACUUCAGACACCAAACCUGCUGUGGUCAAGGAGCUCACCAUUGUAGAAGUCACAACAUCUUCUGUUUCUUUGAAGUGGACUAAACCAGAGGGAUAUGUUACCUCAUAUAUAGUUCAGUGGACUCAAGGAGGAAAAAGCGGUAACAACAUGACCACCAAAACCUCCUUCAACAUCACUGAAUUAAGCCCUGGGUCCCGGUGCAACAUUACAGUGUUUGCUGUCGCUGAAGAUCCCACAAACACGGGAGAUAGAUACUCAGUAUUUAACACCACAAGACCUAAGAAGCCUGUGAACAUUACUGUGAAGGAACCACAUGGGACCGAUAACUUAGAGAUCGACUGGAUUCUGCCUGAUGGGAGGGUUGAUCACUAUGUGGUGAAAAUCUUAAAUGAGGCACUGCAUUUUUCUAACAGCAGUACAAGAACAGAGACCAGUUUCCACUUCACUGGUUUAAAACCCGGAAGAGUCUUUAACAUCACCGUGACAGCUGUCGCUGGACAAUUCAGUCAGACGUCUGACCAGGCUUCAUUUGCCACUGCUCCCACACCUCCUGGUCCCAUCGUCAUCAGUGACAGGACAAACUCUUCACUUCAGAUUGGGUGGACUGCUCCUACUUUGAUGGAAGAUGCUCCAGACAUCAGCUACCAUAUCACCUGCAUCUCACCUGAGGAUGUUGAAGUACUAAAUAAAAGCACCGCAGACUACAAUGCAGAGCUGUCUCCGUUGUCAUCUGGAACUCUGUACAAUAUAUCUGUGCAAACAGUUGGUCCCCAGAAGUUAAAGAGCUCGGAGGUUCAUAUUUUUACUUACACCUCACCGAACCCAGUUUUGAACCUUGUAUCCGUGCCAAAGUCCACCACCUCUGUAGAAGUGAAAUGGUCAGAACCACUGGGACUCCUGGACUAUUACGAAUACUCAGUUAAAGCCGUCAGUCCCACAGGAAAAAUAAUCAACCGAACAGUCAGCACUGACCGCUUUGAUGUACCAAACCUAGAGCCAGGAACAGGAUACAACAUCAGCGUGAGGACGAUAGCAGCACCAGGAAUUGAAUCAACUGAUGAAUACACCUUCAGCUACACCUUGCCCAUAGCUGUGUCCAACCUCACAGUGGUGAAUGUGACCACCACAACUAUUCAGCUGUCGUGGCUGAGGCAGAGUGAUCACAAGUCGUCCUACUCCUACUGGGUGCUAGCUUACCAGGAAGCCAUGCUGGUUAAAAAUGAUUCAACCAAGGAUGAGAUGUAUACCUUCCUCGAUCUGUGCCCUGGAAGUUUUUACACAUUUACAGUGAUGCCAGUUGUUGAAGGAGUCAUGGCUGCGGAGACACACACAUCGAGUCACACAUGGCCAGCAGCAGUUUCUAUCAUUUCAGUCUUAGGAAACACAACCAGCCUAUCAGUGAGCUGGACACCAGCAGAGUGUCAGGUGGACUCAUACACCGUCCUGCUGCAUGAAAACGGGGAGCAUGAGGGAAGCAACUCAGACCUGAGUAAUACAUCCGCCAACAGACUGUUUAAGAACCUAAAACCAGGAGUGCAGUACUGUGGGGAGGUGGUCACUAAAAGUGGUCCCUUUGAGAAUAAAAGUUCAAGUGUUUGCAAUGCAACCUUUCCCACCUCUCCUGGCCCCAUCAUGGUGGACUCCCAGACUGUGGACUCCAUUAACUUCACCUGGUCUUCACCUGAGGACAUGGACCACAGGCAGUAUAACUUCAGUGUGUCCAUCUCUAAAGGCUCCGUCCUCACUGCAAACACCUGGUUCGUGCUGGAAAAUCUGAAGUCUGGAAACCUGUACAAUAUCUCUGUCGUUACUGUGGGUGCAAUGGACUAUGAAAGUGAAGCAGCUACAGCAGAAAACUACACAAGACCAUUUCCUGUAAACCUGCUAGCAGAAAAGACUCAAAUCACCACAAACACAGUGAAGAUCUUUUGGGACCAGCAGGAGAGAAAAUCUCACUACUCGUAUGUGGUGCAGGUCUCUAACAAUGCUCAAGCUGAAACAGUCACCAUCACCGAAAAGAUGAUCAGUGGUCUUCUCUCUGGGAGUAACUACAGCUUCACUGUGACUACACAGACAGAAGAUGGCACCCAGGCAACUCCGGUGACUGUGUCAUAUUUUACACGGCCGUAUGGUAUCAGAGAGUUGAAGGCUGACACCUUAAACACAACUAAUAUACAUCUGGUUUGGACUGAACCUCUGGAGUACAAGCCAGAAUAUACUUUCCGGGUUGAGACUGCAGAUUGUGGCUCCCACAUGAACCAAACCCUCACAGAGAAAAACACACAGAUCUCUGAGCUCACUCCUGGGACCAAAUGCACCUUCUGUGUUGCUGUCAGAGCAGCAGACGGCAUUGAGGGAGAAGCAAACUGCACCUAUCAGUACACCAAGCCUGAAACAGUGCAGCCCAGUAUCUCCAAUCAGCACUCGAACAGUUCAGUCCUGGUGUCGUGGACCAAACCUGCGGGGAGAGUGGAGCAUUAUAAAGUUAAUCUAAACAGCACCAAUGAGACUCAUGUAGGGGUGCUGAACUCCACAACAUCCUUUGUGUUUGAGGACCUGAAUGCUGGAAGGAUUUACUCUGCCAUGGUUAUAACAAGUAGUGGACCCUUCAAUGAACCAUCUGGACAUGUUAAUGUUGCAACUUUACCUAACCCUCCAGGACAGAUAGAGGUGCUGAAAAAGACGACCAGUUCCAUUCACAUUAAGUGGGACGAAGCUCCUCUGAUGCAUGGUGCGUCAUUCUUCUACCAGCUGAUGAACAUAACCACACAGGGAGGAGAUAACAUCUCUGCCAUCAACACCACUCACACUUUUACCUCCCUGCUUUCUGGGACCUCCUAUAAUAUCUCAGUGGCAACAGUGGGUGCUUUGGCUUUACAGAGUGAGAGGGUUCAGAUCAGCAUGGUCACCACAAGACCAUUCCAUGUGACAUCGCUAGUUUUUUCUGAAGAUGAGAAACACAUCAAAAUCGAAUGGGUCCAACCUCAGCAAUACAAGAAAAGCUACUUUUUCAACGUGACCCUGCAAAGCCAAGAUAGGCUACUAAGUGACAUAACUAAGGAUAACAAAUCCAGUUUUGAUAAGCUGAAUCCUGGCAGCCCCUACAACAUCAGUGUCACCACACAGACUGCUGAUGGAACGCAGGGUGACCCGGCACAGAGAGCAACCUGCACGAAGGCGAGCUCUGUGACAAAUGUUAUAUGUCAAAGUUCAAAUAAAACAGAAGCAGAGCUCUUCCUUAACUGGGACUGUCCCCCCGGAGGUUACACGGGCUUCCAGGUCUCUGUAGACGAUGUCAAUACCAUCAACCAAACAUACGGACACUGUAAUCGCACUGUGCCCAACCUUCAUCACUACACUAAGUACAAAAUAACUGUGGUGACCCAGAGCUGUGGUCAACCCAGCAACCCUGAGACUAUUCACUGCUGGACAGAAAUCUCAGAUCCUCCAGCUCCAAAGAACGAUAACUCACUGGUGACGAUAAAGGAGACGCUACACUACAAGUUCUCCCUUCAGCUUAACUCCAGUCUGCUGAACAACACCAACGGGCCAGUCACACAUGUCGGGGUGCUGGUGACAGAGCACAAUCCUGACACCUCUUCUUUCAGAGAUUACUUGGGGAAAACAUACGAUGAGUGGAAGGAGGAGAAAACUCCUGCAUACUUAGCAACGGUCAAAGAGGUGGACUCUCCGUCCCGGAGUGGGGACACUUAUAUAAACAUAGAUGUGGGAGAUAAGUCUGUAUGGAAAGGCUACAGUAAUGGUGUCCUGCAGGCCAAUGGAAACUACAAAUUUGCUAUUGUGCUUUUCACAAAACUAAAACUAAAACUGCAAAACAAGCUUGUGAACGGUGCAGGGUCACUGGUCUCAACUUCACAGUUCUCUGAUAACAUCCAUCUUCCAGCUAACACAGCUAUGAUUGGCCUUGCUGUCGGGGCAACAUUGGGUAUUUUCUGCAUUCUCUUCAUCGUCCUCGUUGGCUUCAUCAUCUACUGGAGGAGGGUAUCCAACAAGGAGUCGCCAGACAUCCAGAUUCAUUCUAUGAGAUCUAAUUCUGCGGUUGUGACGGUGGAGGAUUUUGAAGCUCACUACAGGAAGCAGAAAGCAGACUCCAACUGUGGCUUCGCUGAAGAGUUUGAGGACCUGAAAGUUGUUGGCACAGGACAGUUGAAAACAAAUGCCCUGACCUUGGAGAACAAGCCGAAGAACCGCUACAACAAUGUGCUUCCCUAUGACUCCUCUAGGGUGAAACUCUCUGUUAUCCAUGGAAGUCCAUGUGAUGACUACAUCAAUGCUAACUACAUGCCGGGUUACAACUCCAGGAAGGAGUUUAUUGCAGCUCAGGGUCCUCUGCCGCAAACAGUCAACGAGUUCUGGAGGAUGAUCUGGGAGAAGAACGUACAGACUCUGGUCAUGCUGACACGCUGCAAUGAGCAGGGACGAGUGAAAUGUGAGCAGUACUGGGCACCUGGCACCAAGCACUUUGAAAACAUCAUCGUGACAACAACUUCUGAAAUACCACUCAAAGACUGGACCAUCAGGGACUUUGAUAUAAAAAAUGUGAAAACUGCAGAGACCCGAACAGUACGUCACUUCCACUUCACAGCCUGGCCCGAUCAUGGGGUGCCAGAAACCACUGAGCUCCUGAUCAGCUUCAGACAUUUGGUUAGAGAGCACAUGGACCAGAACCCCAGAAACUCUCCUACUGUGGUCCACUGCAGUGCUGGUGUGGGACGGACUGGCACCUUCAUAGCCAUUGACCAUCUCAUCAUCCAGAUUGAGAGGGAAAGUGUGGUAGACGUGUACGGCAUUGUCUAUGAUCUGCGCAUGCACAGGCCCCUCAUGGUGCAAACAGAGGACCAGUAUGUGUUCUUAAACCAGUGUGCCAUGGACAUCAUCAGAUCAAGAACUGGAACCAAUGUGGAUCUAAUCUACCAAAACACAGCUGCACUCUCUAUUUAUGAGAACGUGGAUCCAAAGAAAGGUUUUCCCAGAAACGGGUAUGGCAAUGAAUAAGCCAGAGAAACCCCUCUGGUCUGCUUCCUCUACCUUUACACUCAUUAAGAAUCGGAGUUCACAUUUGCAAAGGGAACACCCUUAUGAGAUUGUGUUGUUGAUAUUCUUUUUACCUGCCAUGCCUCUGCAGAGCAAAUUGUUGCUUUUAAGAUUAAAACCUAUUUUUUAUGGUAUUUAUUUUAUUACGAAGCUUGAAAGUUUGAUUAAAUAAGGACAUGUGUUGAGAGAAUAAAUAGUCAAAAAGAAUCAUUGACUGAUAUUUGGAAUUUAUGGAGAGUCACAUGUUUUUGUUUCUUUAUUUUUGCCUUUCUACUACUGUUUAUGACCUGCUUAUGAUGCAUAUUUUUCUCAGGUAAUAUUUUGGAUGCUGUACAUAUUUAAUGAUUGAAACUUUUGAUGAAGAAAUGCUUUCCUUGUUUAAAAAGUAUAUUAUUGUUAUGAACACCAUGUGCCUUUCAAAACCUGUAUACUUUCUUACCACUAGAGGGCACUGUAUGCAUUUUAAAGUGAAGAAGACACAGGACAGUCUCUGUUAUUUCAGGAAUCCAUUAUGUUACUUAAAAUAACAUCUUUUCUCAAGUUUUUGCCAAUUAUCCAGCCACAGUUUUUGCACCUUUAAAGUCAAUUUGAAAUGUGUAACGCUUUGAAGAGAUUUUGUUGUUUCUUACAUAAUGUAUAUGUUUGCAUUUGUUUGUAUAUGCACUGUAGCAAAUUAUGCACUGGAUGCAUUUGUCUUUCUACACUGUCCACUUUUUUAAUCUUAAGAGAUAUAUAUUUUUUAAAUAAGUGCUAAUGUUAAUUUGGCCAGUGCUUUGUGAAACUGUUUGGAACAUUUUGCUUUUCAUGCCAACAUAUGAUUGUUGCAAUUUUACUGUGAUUACAUUUUUAAGAAUAAAAGAUGGUUCACAUCAAACGCAAACUCAGGACAAAAAAAGGGAUAUUUAGCUUUUACUUAAACAUAGCACCCUUUAAAGAAUCCAAACUGCAGCAGUGUGUAGUGUACUUAAAGUAUUUGAAGAUCAAAUGUGUUGUUUUAGUUUUGUUGAUUUCCUUUUUCGCCACCGUAUGUUCUCCAAGGAAUCCACAUCGUCACUUCUGCUGGAUAUUACUUCCAUUUAUGGACAUUUCCUGUGAUGUUAAACACACUCGAGGAGCAUGGGCUUUAUUUUCAGCUUUCAAAGGGCAGAAGUUUCCAUGAUGCGAGUACAUUUAAGAUCAUGGAUAUGUGUGGUCUGCCUGUACUUAGUGGGUCUGUGCUUCCUUACUAUUGUAUUAGAAUGUAUGGUAGCCCUGAAGGUCAAAACACAAGAUUUUUUUGCAGAAAACACAACAUUUCACAAUACAUACGACAUUUUAAGAUCUAUAGAUUUGUGUUGUGUAACAUUUUUUUAAAUGUAUUGGCGAAAUAUUUUAGCUGUCUCUGUAAUAUUGUCAAGUGAUAUGUUGUAUUUGACCUUUUGGGCCACUGUAUUACUGCACUAUAAGAAAGAGCCCUUGUCUUUUUUGAAAAAAAAAUGAAAUAGCUUAUCGUCACAAUGCUUGCAGGUUCAAUGCAAAAAGUAUAAAAUGAGCUUUAAUUUAAUUUUUAAACAUCCAACUAUAUAACACAAACAAAUUAAAGAUGUUAUUACACCCCACCCCAUAUGUUUGUGACUCUGUGUUGUAGAAUUGCUUUGAGGAGGCCCAUGUGUGUGAGUGAAUACAGCUCAAGCCCAACAGCUUUAAAGCAAGAGGUUUAUCUCAAACCUGCAAGCUUUUUUGACUCAAAAAUGCACGUUUUUGCGCUGUGUAACACUUAAUAAGCAUUUCUAAUUUAGAACAAACCUUGUACUGUGCCUGUGAGACAAUUAUUUUUGACUCUGUAUGGCUGAUUAUGCAAAGUAUUUGCUGAAUUGUGUCCAUCUAAGAGAGAGAUCAAAAGAAGCAAACAACAGAAUAAACUGCAUACUGCAGAGGAGGUCUGAGCUGGUACACCUCUGCAUUAUUCAGAGCAACUUUGAGGGUGCAUGUAGCUAAGUGCACCCUCAAAGGAUGAAUAAAUAAUGCCAUUUCUUUAUGAGGGAAAGCUUUUUACACUCAAAAAAGUUCUAAUUUUACAGCUCACAUCAGGGGUACACUCAGGGGAUUUUGCAGUAUAUGGUGGUGUUUUGAAAGGCAAUCAUUUUCACACAGCACAGGGCACUCUUGGUAAGGUGGGAAUAAAAGAUUUUGUUGGUGUGUCGGA